UAAAUAUUAUUUAAAGUUGCAAAUAACACUCCCAAAUUAAUCAAAAAUAAUUUUAGAUAAGACAAAACAAAUGCGGUCCAUGUUUUUUUUUCUCUCGUGGGGAUACUGUUUAUUUAUAAUAUUCGUUAAUCAGAAAGAGUUAACCAUGGUUACUUUUGAACUCAUCUAAUCUUCUUUCUGCCUCUACUUAACCACGGUCCAACUUAACGCAGUAAACGAGUUAGAGAAAGCAACAAAAAAAAAAAAACAAAAAAACAGAAACAGAAAAAAUAGCAAACCACAGCCAAGAUCCAUCUCAUCUCAUCGCCUCUCUUCCUUCUGUUUCUUCUCCUCUUCUCCCUCUCCCUCUCCCUUGGUCCCUGUAAGCGAUAUCUGGUAAAUGAACUAAGGAAAGAAAGAAGGAAGCCCUUUUCCUCUCUCGUUUCCUUCUCAACUCCGUCGAUUGGAAAGCUCGACUUGCUGUUUGCUUUCCGGGGAAAUCUUCUUUUGUUACCGUUUGUCUGCCCCGAUAAUCCCUCCUGCCGAAACUGUUGGUUUCCUUGGAGAUUUCGCAGCAGUUUAGAAGUUUCUGCUACUUGCUUUUGGCGGUGUGUAUUGUCUCUCAAUUCGGCGCUUGCCCUCUUUGUCUCUUAGUUUGGUUUGGAGCACUUGAGAUCUGUUGCCAACUUUAGCGAAGAAAAAAUGUGGGAGAUUGGUCCUCUUGUAAGACUGAAUUCGCCAGAUUUCAUCCUCUAGCUGUCCCUCGUUCUGCUCCGUUGGUUUCUGGGAAUUUGGCCUCGUAUUUGGAUUUUUGAGGGAUAUCUAUCAAAUUGGAAGCUCGCCCUCCCCCUUUGAGUUUGAGGUCGAGAGUUGUUUGGUAUUUGUCUCUUCCUUUGCCCGGAAAUGAAGAUUGGGGUGAGCAGUACGGCGGGAGGCGGGGGGUGGAAUGAAGAAGAUAAAGCUGUAAUUUCUGCCGUUUUGGGCACCCUAGCUUUCGAUCAUUUGGUAACCAACACGGUGCCGAAUGAGAAUCUGUUAACCACCAUGGGCAGCGACGAGAAUUUGCAGAACAAGCUCUCCGAUCUGGUGGAGCGGCCCAACCCUUGCAACUUCAGCUGGAACUAUGCAAUUUUCUGGCAGAUUUCGUAUUCAAAGUCCGGCGACUGGGUCCUGGGUUGGGCAGACGGGUCAUGCAGGGAGCCCCGGGAAGGGGAAGCAGCCGCCUCCGAACCGGCAACCCGGCUUCUCCUGGAAGACGAAACCCAGCAGCGGAUGAGGAAGCGGGUCAUCCACAAGCUCCAGCAGUUGUUCGGCGGGUCGGACGAUGACGACGAGUAUGCUCUCGGGUUGGACCGGGUCACCGACACCGAGAUGUUCUUCCUCGCCUCCAUGUACUUCUCUUUCCCUCGAGGCCAAGGCGGGCCGGGCAAAUGUUUCGCAUCCGGAAAACACGUCUGGAUCUCCGACGCCCUGAAAUCGAAAUCGACCCCCGAUUACUGCGUUAGGUCGUUUCUCUCCAAGUCCGCCGGGAUUCAAACCAUCGUCCUUGUGCCGACUGAUGUCGGGGUUCUCGAAUUGGGAUCUGUGAUACCGGUCCCUGAGAGCGUCGAAUUGGUUCAGUCCCUGGCCUCUUGCUUCUCUUCUCGCCCUUCGGUUAUGAGAGCUAAGCCGGUGGUUGUCCCGGUAUCGGUACCUCCCGCCGCGGUGGCGAAUGAGAAGAAAGACGAGAUUUCAGGGUUUGCGAAUUCGGGUGCGCCCAAAAUAUUCGGGACAGAUUUGAACAAUUCAAAUCAUCGCCUCCACCACAGCCAUGGCCAUCGGGAGAAAUUGGCGGUGAGGAAGAUGGAGGAGAGGACUCCGGCGGCAUCCUCAUACCACGACACCACCCGGCCACGAAAUGGUUUCCAUGGUUCGAACUGGGCAGCGCAUAGUUUCAGCGUUAAGCAAGGAAACAACCAGGGGGAGGUACACGGUAUGAAAGCAACUGCAGCAAAUAACAUUCAAGAGUUUGUGAAUGGAGCUAGGGAAGAGUUUAGGCUUAACCAUUACCCGCAGCAACAACAGAAGCAGGUGGUGCAAAUGCAGAUUGAUUUUUCUGGUGGGCCUUCGGUCGUUGCUCGGCCUGCCUGCCCCGAGUCUGAACAUUCAGAUGUUGAAGCCACAGUGGGGAAGGAUGAUCCGCGAGCAGCAGGUGCUGAUGACAAGAGGCCCAGAAAGAGGGGAAGGAAACCGGCGAACGGAAGGGAAGAACCAUUGAAUCAUGUGGAAGCAGAGAGGCAGAGGAGAGAGAAGCUAAACCAAAGGUUCUACGCUUUGAGAGCUGUGGUGCCGAACAUCUCAAAGAUGGACAAGGCUUCCUUGUUGGGAGAUGCCAUUGCAUACAUAAAUGAGCUUCAAGCUAAAGUGAAGCUGAUGGAAGCAGAGAGGGAGAGGUUAGGGGGGAGUAGCAGCUCAAGGGAGCCGGGAUCAGAGGGUAAUUCCAUCCGAGAAAACAAUGUCAUCAGCAGGGGUGUUACGGAUGUGGAAGUUCAAGCUUCCUCCCACGAUGAGGUGAUUGUGAGGGUGAGGUGCCCUUUGGAUUCGCAUCCAGCGUCGAGGGUGAUCCAAUUGUUCAAGGAGGCACAGAUCAAUGUGAUAGAGUCUAAACUGGCUGCAGGGAAUGAUAUGGUGUUCCACACAUUUGUGAUCAAGCCAGCGCAAGGGUCAGAACAGCUUACAAAGGAGCGGGUAAUGGCGGUAUUUUCCCAUGAAUCCAACUCCUUGCAGCAGCCAUUAUCGUCUAUUGGGUAGUGUUCAUUGGCUACAGUUUGUUGAUCAAGUAGCUCGGAUGGAAGGUUCAAUUCUUUAACAUUACGAUUUAGCCCGUAGAGAUGAUGAAUAUGUAGUAGCAGUAGUAAUUAUGAGAACAUUCUUGGCAAAGGAUGUUUGUCUUUUGUUGGUUUUAUGUGUUUUUCGAAAGGGAGGUUUAUUUUUUGAGAUAGCACUGGCAAGUGAUCCAUAGGAAUGAAUGAAGAAAGUGUUGGGAAGAGAGUAGGAAAAGGGAAAUGACUAUUUUAGUUGGUCAAGAGAAAAGUGCACUCCCAAUGUUUAUAGUGUAUACAUAGUUUCUUCUGUCUGUCAUAAGGAAGAGGAAGAGGAAGAAAUGAAGAAAAGAAUGCAAGGGAAAGAAAGUGCAUAUCGUUCCCUUCUUUUCUCCUCCUUUCCUUUAAUGGACUGAACUCUGUUAACUCCUACUGUUAUAUGUUGGUACUAGUCCCGUUUUGUUGAUUCUUUAAUUCCUUGUCGUCUAAAUUCUGGUCUGGGUGGAGUUUCAAAAGCACAUUUCAGUUAUAUAUUGGGAUUCACAUCUCUUGCUUGCUGCUUGUUAAGAUAUCAUUAUUGGGAUUCUUUCAUGCUUACACUGGACUGGAGGAGAUUUGUUGUUACUGUAAGGUAAAGUCGGUGGCAGGUAAAUCUUUGGUCUUUUCUUUUCUCACAUAUCAUAUCCAGUGCAGUCAGGAAAGGAAACGAGCAUCUUGGUAGAAGCGGCGAACUGCAACCACCCAACCGCGUCAAAAGAUAGAAAGUACUCAUUCAACAACCACAGCACCAAAAUCAGAAGAUCCAGUAAGUACACUAACCAAUUACCACCGCUUCCUCUCGGCUCGCAGCAAACACUACAAGAUCAUUAGCUUCUUUCUCCUCCCUCUUGCGUGUAGUAAAACUGGGGAAAAGCACUUGUCAUGAAAUUCUGCUGCUAUCGGAGCGCGUCUUUCUAGUAGAGUUACGAGGUUUAUAGUCUUUCUAGUGAGAGUUUUGGUGUGGUCCCGCAUAUCUCUUGUCUACUUAAUAGAACUUGUUGUAAGAGUUACGAGGUUUAUAGUCUGCUUCAAAAAUCUUAUGAUCUGGUUGAGAAAACUUGUGAUCAGCUUUAUGUAAGUUUCUGUGAUAUGUUUCAGAAAACUUGUGGUAUGUUUUAUGAGGUUCUUGAUCAUCUUUAUGAAACUUGUGGUCGGUUUUAUGAGGUUUCCUCUGUGUUUCUGGAAACAUAUGCUUUUAUAAUGUUUCUAGUAUGCUUUAAAAACUUGUGAUCAGCUUUGAAUUAUCUCGUAUGGUUUAUGAAUUUUAUGGUGUAGUGAUGUUAUUAUAUGUUUUAUGACCUUCUAGUCUACUUUAUGUUAUGUGUAGUGUAAUUUGUUUUAAAUCUAUAUCCAGAACAACUUGUAAUAUGACUGAUUCGCAACCCAAUGAGCUCACAAUUGGAAUGACCCGUAACUCAAUGAACUUGUAACCUAAUGAACUCAAACAUAGUGACUUGUAACUCGAUAAAUCUAAAAUCCAACUAACCCACAACUUUUUUGAACCCAACCCGAUUACACUAUUAUUAUAGGUUGAAUGGUCAGGUUGGUCUAGCGUUUCUAUGGGUUGGGUUUGCUUUGCCUGGAUCUGGAUGGAUGGAUGGAAGGGCAAGGAAGGUGAUGAUUGUGGUGGUGAAUAAUAGUGCGGUGGGGGCUGUGUGGGGUUAAUAAUUAAUAAUGCACGAGUUUCACAUGCCCCUCCCUCGUGAAUUUCUGUUUGAAUGCGAUGGGCGUAUGGGAUUGGGAUGGGGGGCCUUUUCCUCCUUCACUUUCUCCCUCCCCCUGUUUCCGUUUUUUUGUUUAUUUAUCGCGUUCGCGUGCGGCGUGUGUACUGUACGGUGUCCCGUGGUAGUGAUGUGAGGAUGGGAAUAGUGUUAAGAAAAUGGUUUAAAAUUCAACAUAACUUUUUUUUUUUAAUAAUUUGAGUUAUUAUUGGGAUCAAUUGGUUUAUAACAUAAUAUCAUAGUUGGUUUGGCAAAUAGUCGUCUGUUCGAAUCUCCACGAUCCUCAAUAUUUUCAGUUGAUUAAAGUACAAAGUAUGACAGACCUGUGCAUAUUUCAAGCCCAUAAAUUAGUUUUCGUUUGAGGGGGCGAGUUAGAGAGUGGUAUAAAACUCAACAUAACUUUUGGCAAAUUACACUUUCAUAGCCAUAACUAUUCACUUUGUGACAAUAAUAGCCAAAUUUUGAAAAAUACACAAAUAUAGCCACACUUUUGAAACUUUAUUGCCAAAUUUAGCCAUUUCCAUUACAAACUUCGACGGCAUUAGAGAUGUCAUCAAUAAAGUGUAAGUGGCUAUUAUUGUCACAAAGUAAAAAAUUUGUGGCUAUGCAGGUGUAUUAAGCCAUAACUUUUUCUAUGACAGACUAGACACAAUUAAGUUGUUGUGUUGCGUCUUGCGUGGGUGCAACGGAGAAAUCGUGUGAUGAUGACUGAACUGAUGGGGGCACUGCAAAACCACACAUUCCUACAUCUGCCCGUCGCAUGCAUUACAUUUCUUUCUUCUUUUCCUUUUGAAAUUCCUAUGCAAAUCGCCAAGAGGAGGAUCAAAGAAAAAGCCCACCACUGUAAGAAGAAGAAAAACAUUGGGCCUUCGGUUUUGUCACGCUACAUUUCUUAGGUUUGACUAUUCACAAAUCACAACAUUGAAGUUAGGGGCGGACCCGCAAUGAGUUGUCCACGAUAAAACUUGAAAAUUAAA